GUGACAUCUGUCAUAUACCUUUUGUCAUUUUUUGACGUUUUAAAAUAUUUUCCGAUUUUUCUAGAGAAUUUUCCCUAGAGAUAUCACAUUCUAAAAAUCUUCUUGAGAAAAAUCUAACAUGUCUAAACAAGGCGGUCUUGUUACAUUCCUCACAAGUAUCUACCAUGACGAAUUCAAAUGGGCCCUCGUCAAAAGUAUCGGGAUCUUUGCGCUGGGCGUACGAAUAGCCCAGGAAUGCCAAGGAAUUGAACUAGUCCCUUACCAAGCUUAGUUUUUGUUAAUUUAUAUUUAAGUAUAGUUUAUUUAGUAUCUAAAUGUUUUGUGUUUAACAAUAAUUAAACCAGUGAUAAAAAUGGCGCAGUUUGUUUUUUUGUUUAAAUUUGCGUUUUUCGGUUUAUGUUUUUUAAUAGUGGGGGCGCGGCACGCGAAAUUCAAAGGCAAGUGGCGGGAGCCCCUUUUGGACAGGUCCCCUCCGAAUUUUGUUUAUAUUUUAGCUGAUGAUCUGGAUUUGAUGCUCAAUGGGGUGACAGCCAUGAAAAAGACUCUAAACCUCAUCGCUGACAAGGGCAAGUUUUUCAUGCAUGCAUUUGUUAAUACCCCACUGUGCUGUCCGAGCAGAAGCACCAUUCUAACAGGAAAAUACCCGCACAACCUUGGAGUAUUCAACAAUUCUUUAUCUGGAAACUGUUCCAGCGAAUACUGGCAAAAACACCAUGAGCCCCAUUCAAUUGGGGCCUUAUUGAAAAAUAAAGCUAACUACACAACGUUUUAUGCUGGAAAAUAUUUAAAUCAGUAUGGUUCAAAGUUUGCCGGAGGAACUGCACACGUCCCCAAAGGCUGGGAUUGGUGGAUAGGGCUAAAAGGAAACUCCAAAUAUUACAAUUAUACUUUAUCUGUUAAUGGAACCAAUAUGGCUUUGAAAAAUUUAUAUUUAACAGACUUAUUGGCCAAUUACAGUUUAGCCUUUCUGAAUGAAAAGAAACCAGACAAUAACCCAUUUUUUAUGAUGGUGGCUCCCCCUGCUGCUCAUUCGCCUUUCAUUCCUCCAAGACGAUAUGUCCACUCAUUUCCGGAUGUAGAGGUGGUCAGGAAUCCUUCUUUUAAUUACACACCUCAUAACAAACAUUGGGUGGUCAAAAUGCCCCCAAAGAGACUCCCAACAAACAUAACAAUCUUGAACCAAAUACAGAGAAGGAGGUUUCAAACUUUACUCGCCGUAGACGACUUGGUCGAGAGGAUCGUUUUGAUGUUGAAAAAAAUGAAAGUGUUUCAUAAAACUUAUUUUAUUGUUCAUUCAGACAAUGGAUUUCAUAUCGGUCAGUUCGGUCAGCCCUGGGAUAAACGUCAACCGUACGAGGCCGACACCCGAGUACCACUUUUCAUAAGCGGUCCUGGUGUUGGAAAAAAAAUUCUGGAAUCUUAUCCGGUGUCUUCUGUUGAUCUGGCACCAACUAUUUUAGAUUUAGCAGGUGUAAAACCCCCACAUCACAUGGACGGCAAAAGUUUUAAAAAACAGCUUCUAUCUAAAAAAAAUAAUAUCGGGUUUCGAUUUGUUUUUAUGGAAUACUGGGGAGAAGCUAAUGAAAAGACUGUAGAUCGAGAGUGCGAUUUGGCUUACGAUGGUGACAAUUUAGCAGAAUGUAGUACUAGUCAAUGGUGCAAAUGUCAAGAUAGCAGGAAUAACACUUACACCUGUGUUAUGGACUUUCGUGAAGCUCUUAGGUUUAAAUAUUGUAGAUUUGCUGAUAGUCAGCGAUUCGUAGAAGCCUACAACCUUGUCCUUGACCCAUACGAGCUCAGAAACGUCUAUUCAAAAAUGAACUCCAAACUCAUAAGAUAUUACAAUAAUAUUUUGAACAAAUUUAAAAAGUGUUCAGGAAGAGGUUGUAAAACAUUAUAGUAGAGUGAUUCGAAACUAUAGUAGAGUCUAUUAUGUGCACUUACGUAGAUCUGCCGCUAAGAAAAAUUUAAUUCUAGGCCAAACUGCAUUUUUUAUAUAUUACUCAUUGUGAUUUACAAUUUAUAGCAAUAAUAAAAAAAAACUAGAACAACGAACCUGAGGUACCUAUGUGAAAAAACUUAAUUUUAUAUACGGAGGUUUUUUUAAGCAAAUACAAGUUUAAGCAAAUACAAGUUUUAACCGAACUAAAAUUAGAUCUGUAAGGUUUAAAAGAAAUCUCCUAUUUUAAUUCACUUAUAACCGUUUUAAAUGUGAUUUAACUAAUAGGUGGCAUAUAUCUCUUAAUGCCGCCUUGUGACUAUAAAUGAAGGUUAACAAUGAAUUUGUAAAUUAAAAAUUCUUCUAUUUAGUUUACAUUCUCUGCAGAUAAAACCCAUAAAUACUUUUCUUUCUAAGUACAAACUUCAAAUAGUUUCAAUAGGGUAAUGUAACACUUCAGGCAUUAACUGUUUACUCUUAAAAUUCUCAAUUGCCAUGCAUUCUGGAAUGGCCAAUUUAGGCCUUCGAUAGCUCUUUGUUGAACACAACAAUCUUUUAAUUGAAAUUUAUCCUAGUAUUUCCUGUUUUUUACAAUAUAAUGCGUAAAUUAAUCUUGGAUCUAAUAUUUCUACAAAUUAUUUUAAAAUUUACAUAAUAAACUUUAAAUUAACUCUUUAUUAAGUCAUAGAACCUGAGAAAAAUUAAAAAAAAGGAGUAGAUUUAUUUAUUAAGGGAAUUUAGAACUAGCUUAAAAUGUUUAUAAAUGAAUAAUAAAAAAAACACUCUGUAUAUUACAAGGUUUUUUAAAUUAUAAAAUAUAUAGAUGUUUAUGUGUAUUUACUGAAUUCUAUGUCAAACAUAAAAACAAACCAUUAGGUUAACUUACCCCAAUUUAUUUAUAAAUUGCCGAAGCAGUGGUCUUUAAGUAAAUUUCAAUGGCCUGCUUUGUAAAAAAUACUAAUGUGAAUACGGUACUAAGUCGGUUAAUAAUUUUAGCACGAAAUCGUUGAGGGUCGUAAUAAUUUAACAUACAAGAUCAUCUACUGGUUUGUUAUUAUAUUUUGGCCAUAAUGGUAGUAAGCCUUCGCCUAAUAACACACAGGGACCUUUUUUACAAAAAUAUUAUUUAAAUUAUCUUGCCUUAAUUUAUUUAAUCUGUUGUACUUAUAUGUGGUAACGACAUUCCUAUCUAUUGUGCAUUUGCCGCUAACUAAUCCCACCCAAAAUAGAGACUAGACUUAGAUUGUGAUAUGUGGAUAAGUAUUAUAAUAAAAUAUAGGUUUUGGUACAAACAAGUAUUUAUGAUGGGCUGUAUAACUUUAUUAAACUGCUUUAUAAUGUAAAUGAAAAUCUAAUAUAUUGUUAGUUUUCUAACAAAUAAAUGUAUGCUUUUUGAUAACAAU